GUAGAAAUAUGGAUAUAGAAGAACAAGUUACUAUUUUUCUUCAUAUGAUAGCUCAUAAUAUUAAGAAUCGUGUCAUGAUAAGCAACUUUCAUCGUUCGGGAGAAACAAUUAGUAGAACUUUUUCCCGAGUUUGCAAUGCGGUUAUCAUAUUGCAUUCACGUUUGCUAAAGAAACCCGAAGCCGUUCCUGAGAACUCCACAGACCAUAGAUGGAAAUGGUUCAAGAAUUGUUUAGGAGCUUUAGACGGAACAUACAUACAAUGUUUAGUACCAAUCGGGGAGAGGCCUAGGUAUAGAACAAGAAAGGGAGAUAUCGCCACAAAUGUGUUAGGCGUGUGUUCACAAGAUAUGCAAUUCAUAUUUGUCUUACCGGGUUGGGAAGGGUCUGCAGCUGAUGGUAGAGUCUUACGGGAUGCUCUUGAUCGUCCUAAUGGAUUAAGAGUUGCUAGACCCGGUUACUAUUUGGUAGAUGCUGGAUAUACAAAUGGAGAGGGUUUUUUAGCCCCUUAUAGAGGACAAAGAUAUCAUUUAAAUGAUUGGAGUGAUGGACACCAACCGACUACACCAAAAGAAUUCUAUAACAUGAGACAUUCAUCCGCAAGAAAUGUAAUAGAAAGAUGUUUCGGGCUUUUGAAAGGAAGGUGGAAAAUUUUAAAGGACAACUCAUUUUAUCCUAUCGAUACGAAGAUUAGGAUCAUAAUGGCAUGUUGUCUCCUCCAUAAUUUUAUAAGACAAGAAUUAGAAGAUGACCCGCAAGAAAUGGAAGAUGUUGUAGAUGAGGGAACCGGAGAUGGAGCUGGAAAUGGAGAUGGAUAUGGAGAAGAAUUGUUUAGGGCUGGUUAUCCUGCAAGUUUUAUGCAAGUUUUAAGCUGUUCUAUGGCUAAUUUUAUGCAAGUUUUAUCCUGCAAGUUUUAUGCAAGUUUUAGGCUGUUUUUUCUGCAGUUUUGGGCUGAUUUUUCUGCAGUUUUAAGUUUUGAGUUUUGGGCUGACUUUUAUGCAGUUUUGAGGUCUGUUCUAUGGCUAAUUUUACUUUGUAUGGCUAUUUUUGAUGCUGUUUUUACUGCAAGUAUGACAAGUCAAAACAAAACCUAUCGGGGAUGGACGAAAGAAGAAGAUGCAAAGUUGGUGGAAGCUUUACUAACCAUGGUAAAUGUAGGAGGAUAUAAAGCCGAUAAUGGCUUUAGAUCAGGGUAUUUAACUCAUCUUGAAGCAACCUUGAAAGUAUCGCUUCCUGAGUCGGGUCUUUUGGGUAAACCUCACAUUGAAUCAAGAAUAAAAACAAUGAAAAAAGAUUGGCAAGUUGUAUUUGAUAUGUUGAAUACAAGUGGGUUUGGUUAUGAUAAGGAGAACAAUUGUGUGACCACGACAUCUCCAGGAGUAUGGGAUGCUUAUCUUCAGAGUCAUAAAGGGACAUCAAAAUGGAAAAAUAAAAAGCUUCCACAUUAUGAAGAUUUAUGUAUUGUUUUUGGAAAAGAUCGAGCUCAAGGAAAUAGAGCCAAGGUUGCUACCGAGAUGGAAGAGCAAGUGAAUAUUGAGGAACUAGAGGAAGACUCGCAUGAUAGUUUUGAUGAAGCGAUGGAAGGUAGCCACACGACACGUACCACCACAAGUGUUCAAGUUGAAGAAGUUUCAAGUGUUCCUAGUAAGAAAAGGAAGAGCACAUCUCAAACAACUUCUAUGGUUGAAAGUUUCAAUGAUGCGGUUAUGUAUUUUGGUGAACGUCUCAAAGAAUCAUCGGCGGAAUUGAGUGAAGGUAUAAAACUUGAAGUUGAACUUAAUAAAAAAACCGCUAUGCUAACGUUGGAGCUUGAAAAAAUGACAUCACUAUCUCAAUUGGAAAGGUUUAAGGCAAUUCGUAAAAUGAAAAGUGAUCAUGAUAGUGUACUUACUUUUUGGGAUUUGAAGGAAGAAGAAAGGGAGGAUUGGGUACGGUUUGUGAUGUCGGAAAAUUAAGAAAAUGGUUAAGGUAAUAUAGUUUAUGUCGAAGUUAGUGGUACUUAUUUUGAAGCUUUUGGAUGUACGGUUUUUUGAACCAAUUGUAGUUUGAAAAAGACAUGGUAAGUUGUAAUAGUUGGUUUGUUUGGAACAAAUUCGAUGCAUAUUGUGGGAUUUGUUUGUAUGAAUGGUUGUAGUGUAUGACAAAUGAAUAUUAAUUGUGAA